AGACUUUGCAGCAGCGCAGUCUCCAUGCAAGUUGGCCGCAGAGGACUGGAUGAAGCAACAGCAUGGAGCCUGCCGUCGAAACGAAGUGGAUCCUCAAAGCUGCUUUCUUUCUCUGCCUUGGCUGGUGUACGUACUGCAGCUUGACUUUGGCUUGUGGGGCAGGUGUAGGGUUGCCAACUGAUCCCAAAGGAACUGGCUUUGGCUUGUUCCUGUGUCUUCAACAGCAAGUUGAUCUGCAGCAAUCGGCAGGUGAAUCUGUUCUCAGCUUGGAGAAAAGUAGUGCCACCUGCUUACAGCUGUUUAAAAGGCACAGGAGCAGGGGUUGGGGUUUUUUUUUUUGGUUAAAGUUGGAGCCAUCAGGAGUGGGGCAGCUGGUUGGGUUGCAGGUAAACUGAAUCAGGGCUAAUGGGGGGCAGGGAGGGGGUUGCAGUGUUUUAGACAGUGACUUUAAAAAAGGAACAAAAACUUACCGUGCGUGGGAAGGCUUGCUCAGUCAAGCACUGAAAUGGGGAUUUUUAAAAACCAAAAAAUGUUUCUACAGGUCUAGUGGUAUUAAGUGCUUACUAAAUAAUAACCCCACUUUGCAUUUAUUUUGCCUGUGUUUAAAGCCUGUUGCACUAAUCCAUUGUAUUGUUACAACAGCCCUGUAAGGUAGGUUAAUAUUCAUCUCUCCAUAUUGUUUGGGGCGGUGCAUCGAGUUGUUGAAAGCUACCUUGAGAGUUUGGGGCUAAAAUCUGAGACCUUCCUCCCUCGCACAACCAAUAUGAGGCUAAUUAAUACUGCCCCACUGUGCAGGGCGGUUACCAGGAUUACAGAGGUUGGCUCAAGAUGUUCAGCAGACAGCCACUUUAUAGACUACUGCAGUGUGUAACGUGGGGCUACCCUUGAAGGCUACCCAGCAUCUUCAGUUUGUUCCAAAACAGGGCAGUGGGUUUGAAAACGAGAGAUGUGUGGUCUUGCAAAACAUGUCGCUGCUCUUCAGUGAUGUUCACUGGCUUUCCAAAUUCACCCAGGCUUUUAGUAAACAGAAAUGUUGAGUCUUUAGUGAUGCCUAUUGUUUUUAACUUUCGUGUCCUCUUUUUUUGUCGCUACUUCAUCUGGCUGCUUUUACUGUAUAUCUUUUUUUAAAUAACCUGUUUUCCCUCCUAUUAUUUGAGAUUUGAUUCUAAGCCACCUUUGACAUUUCUUCAGAAUUGAAAAGUGGGAUAGAAACGCUUACAUAAACAAAUGAGAUAGUAGACUCCUGAGGUGGUCGAGUGGACUGUACCACUUGAGACCGCAAGUAUAAUGCUGUAUUAUUAUUAUUUUUUUAAAGCAGCCCUCCAUCUGGACAAACACAAAACUAGAACUGCAGGGAAAAGCAUGAGUUUCGGCUCCUUCUCCGUAAUGCAAGGGUGGGAAAGCUCAGCCCGUGGACGCCAGGCCAAAUUUUCCCCAAAUCACACCAGAUGUCAUAUGUAACACCAGGUGUGGGGCAGGAAGAGGCAUGGCACAUCCUAUCCCUGCAGCAAACAGGACUGAACUCUCUGUGCAUCAGAUGAAGGGUGGAAAACUCAAUCCUGCUUGGUGGAAGUACCUGAGAAGGCUCCUUGCACGUGAGGGUACAUCAUGCACCUGAACCCUGCAGAAAGCGGGACUCAACUCCCCUUGUCAAAGGCGGCUGGAAGAACAGGGGGCUAGGGGAGAGAGAAAGAGCUGGGACCCUUGUCCCCAAAAGCUCUAGUAGACUGGCAGCUUUCAUUUUAGUCCAACACUGGUGGCGGAAGAGUAUCCUUUGCCCCACCUGAGGGCAGCAGACUACCGUAUGUUCCGGCAUAUAAGAUGACUUUUUAACCCAGGAAAAUCUUCUCAAAAGUUGGGGGUCAUCUUAUACGGCCAGUCGUCUUAUACGUGGGAAAAUACGGUAGAUUGGAGCUGCAGGGCAGCAGAUGACAUGGUACAGACACCUCUGCUUCCCACCAUCCUGUAGCUGCUUGGUACACACACACACACACACACACACACACACACACACACCAAGCAUCUUAUGUCUGAAGCUGUUUCCUCGGCCUACCAAAUGGUAGGACCACCUCCGCCUUGGCAUCAAGCCAAUGUUUAAGGGCAUCUGGGCUGCCUGCCACUUCCCCAGUGGGGUCACUGAGGGCAUCUUGCACAAGGGAGAUGACACGGCUUCCUGGCCUCUGGUUGCUAGAGUUACUUCAGGGAGCAAAAAGGCCUCCUUGCCGCCACAAACCCUUCCCUUUCUUUUUCCACUGUGUGCAUUCUGACACAUUCUGUGAAGAAAUAACAUGCACCCACUGGCACGCUAAGAAAACUCAUGGGGAUUCAGGGCAUUGCAAAGGUGUGGAAGAGGCCAUAAGAAUGGGAAGGAGAAUAAGGGUCAAAUGACUCAUCUAGCCAUCUCUUUGUCAACGGAGAAGCCGCGUGUUGGGGAAUGUCCAAAUGUGGCCAACUUCCUCCCGGCCAGACAUGUGGGUCAAGAGCCAAAUGUAUGCAUGAGGAAAUAAAAUAUUAAAACUCAUACGCUAAAAGCAGUGGCGCCUGCGAUGGGGGUGGGCUUGCAUCCUGCUGCAGCCAGGCUAUCCCUAGGAAUAUUGGGCAUUUUUGUAGCAUUUUUGAGCACUCUGAGCCCAUUUACAUAUGCUGUUUUGUUGUAAAACUUAUGCAGAGAGCUUGGAAAGUAGGUCAGCAGCACUAUUAUUUCUGCCCCCAUCAUCACUGCAGAGCAGGGGUUGCUGCUGGGAGAGAAUGAUUGCCUGAGGGAGCUUUCUGCAUGUGCAAGAUUUGAACGACUUGUAGAAUCAAAUAAUUUGUAGCGUUGGAAGAGACCCAGAGAGUCAUCUAGUCCAACCCCCCUGCAAUGCAGGAAUCUCAAGUAAAGCGUCCAUAACAGACGGCCACCCAACCUCUGCUUAAAAACCCCCAAGGAAGGAGAGUCUACAACCUCCUGAGGGGGCCUCUUUCACUGUGGAACAGCUCUUACGAUCAGAAAAAAAUCUUCCUGAUCCAUAGUUCAGCCAUUAGGUUACGCCAGCUCCAUGUAGCUCUCUUGGAAAGUGCCAACCACAGACUUUCCACCCCAGCAUUUGGAAAGCGCAGACUUCAUCCAAGCAGUCAGAGGUUGUCUUGUUUCCAAAGAGCAGCAUGUGAACUUCAGCUUCCUCAGCUGCUGGCUGUUUGUGUUUCUCUUCUCUGGCAUUUCCCCCUCCUUCCUUGAACCUUCCCUUACUGUUUGCCCCUUCCACCCACUUGCAAGCUUCUCAGGCCUCCUGUCUCCUUUUCCUAGACACCUGUUGCUUCUACCUGUGGCCACUUGUCCACAUUUCCUAGAGACAAGAUGUGUCCAUUCCCCAGCCAAAGAUUUACCGUAUUUUUUGCUCUAUAAGACGCACCAGACCACAAGACGCACCUAGUUUUGGGAGGAGGAAAACAAGAAAAAAAAUAUUCUGAAUCUCAGAAGCCAGAACAGCAAGAGGGAUUGCUGCGUAGUGAAAGCAGCAAUCCCUCUUGCUGUUCUGGCUUCUGGGAUAGCUGCGCAGCCUGCAUUCGCUCCAUAAGACGCGCACACAUUUCCCCUUACUUUUUAGGAGGGAAAAAGUGAGUCUUAUAGAGCAAAAAAUACGGUAACUGCCAGAGACCCCUGGGAAGAAAACAGAACCAUGUGCUGGCUCCAGGGGUUUUUUUUGGGGGUGAGGCAUCUGAUCAAAAUCUGCUUUGAGCUUAAAAAAUUAUAUUUGUAAAUAUAUUUUUCUCUCAUGCAAGGGAGAAGAGCAGCUGAAUACUUUGGCAGCUGUUCAAGGGCCCCACUGCUAUAAAUAGCAGUAUUUCAAGGUUGUAAAAGGAAAUUAGAGCCAGAGAGCAAAAGGUCACACUGACCAGAAUACAAUCAAGCUGUAAAAACACAAUUAAGAACUGGUAAAUAGUGAAAUUUAUUGUUUAACAGAAGACUCGAGCCAUAAGGUUAAAGGUUAAAUGGAAGAGGUUGCUCUUAGAAACAGCUGCUGGUUAGGGAAAAGGCCUCUCUCCAAACUGUUUUGAAGCUUCAGAGAAUUUACUAAGUUCCUUCUAAUUUGAAAAGGCCUUUCCUUCUAAAAAUCUAUCUAUGUUAUGUAUGAAAUAUAUUGGCUUAAAUGUGAUUAUGCAAAGGAUUUAGAAAGUAAGAAAUGUUAGAUUCUUAUGUUAGAUUCCUAUUAUGGUGGGUGAGAAGGUGAACUCAAGAUCUCUUUAAGAUAAAAAAAUUAGAAACCAUGCACCAUCUGCUUUAGCCAUCUGGUUUGCGGUGAAUAGGGCAACAGGGGCCAAAGGUUAUCUGGUAAUUGAGGUGCCUGGUCGAGGUAAAUGUAAGAUAUAUGGCUACUUGUCUGCCAUUUAUGGAUACAAGGAAAUAUAGCUUUUUGUCUCCCAUAAAAGGGAAUAGGAAAUGGGUGUAUCUUUUAUGAUUGGUUCUAGCAAACAACCAAUAGGAAUUUCAACCAGGCUGAUUGGACAGAGGCAGCCAAAGGAGGAGCAAGGGGGCUGGGCUGAGGAAAUAUAAGUGCUGGCCAUCAGGGCUGGAGUAGGCAGAGCUUUGGUAUCCAUAUACCACUGUGUCUCUCAUUUAUUUGUCUGACAAAUAAAUUAUUAUUUUAAUUUCUCUAUUGCUGCGUUGAAUAUUUCAUUCCAGCUAAGCGUUAACCACAAGCAGGGUGCUACAUUUUAUGGUGCCUCUGUGACUCGGAUAAGUGGUCUGCUGGAACGCAGCCCCUUCGCCCUAGCGGGCAGGGUACAAGAGGGAGGACCACUGACCGCUUACCCAGCGCGCACUGGAACAUUUUUCCAGGGGAACGCAGAAGUCUCGUCUGUCUGAUACCCUGCUCACUGGCGGCGACGGACCGGGGGUAACCAGAGAAAUAAACAGGGAACCAGCUAAGGGUAAGUGCACAAAGGGGUUGUGGCCCUCCAAUUAAUUGGGAGGAAGAGAAGUCUUGAUCAAACUUCUGCGUCUCAGUAAGGGGGAACUGAGUACGCUAGGUGGUUGGGUACAUCAGAUGGUGGUCUGGUGGAGGGAAAAGGGAAAGAUUGGGAGGUAGAGUGUGGUGAAGUAUCCAGCGCAUUGUAUGUGUGAGAAAGUACAAUCUGUAGCUGACCUGAGUGUGGAGUGGGUAGUACUUCGGUUCCUAGUAAGGCGACUUCACUAGGCAAGGAUCCCCACGAAGCGUGUGUGUGAGUGACUGAGUGGAUACUUCACAGGGCCAUACAAUGGGAGUUGGAGGUUCAAAGGGGGAAAAUACACCUCUUGAAUGUAUGUUAAAUAAUUUUAAGAAAGCCUUCUCAGGAGCAUAUGGAGUCAAAAUGACGCCAGAGCGCUUGAGAACGUUAUGUGAAUUAGACUGGCCAAAACAAAAUACUGGAUGGCCACCUCAGGGAAGUUUUGAUAUAAAUUUAGCAAGCAAACUUUGGUCUAACAUCACCAAAGAAACUGGAGGGUGCCCAGAACAAUUUUCAUAUAUAGAUUCUUGGCUGAGCACAUUAAAUAAUAAUCCUCCAUGGAUAAGGGAAUGCAAAGUCCAACAAUGCAAAUUAUUGGCAGUAAAAGCCGAAGCUAGGAAAGGAAUCUUGCCAAAUAAACUCAAACCCAUUUUUGAGGGACCAGAGGAAGAGGUGCUUCCACCUCCACCCUAUGCUCCACAUCGAGGGGAGCCUAAUCCAAACACUCCACCAGUUGUAACCCCAAGGCAAGAAAGUGGAAGGAAUAAUGGGGCUGGAGUCACAGAGCUUGAUUCCUUGAUAGAUUAUGAUAAAUAUCUUCAGGAGGCAUUGGAGUCCUAUAAUAAAGCCCAAGCAGAAGUGGUUAUUCCACCUGUGAGUCCCAGUAGAACUCCAUCUACAGUCUCCUUUAGUGGAACAACUGAUUGCCCACCCCAAACCCCUGUACAUCCAAGUCCUAGAGAACUAUUACAGGAGUUACAGGGAGACUUUGAUCGGUCAGUAAGCAAUACAGCCAGGCGUAUAAAGCUGUUAAAAGAACGCCUUGGGACAAAUACUAUCCCCUAUGAUUUGAGGCCCCUAAAGCAAAGCGAAGAGAAAGGUCACGUAGUAGCCCCUCUCAGAAGAGUAUUUGAUGCACUUGAGGAGCCUGUGCUGGUUAACGGGCAACUCGGACCACGGCCACCUCGAACUUCGACCCUCCAGUACAUUCCAUUCACAACUACGGAUCUGAUGAAUUGGAAAACACACACCCCGUCUUUCGCAGAAAAACCUCAGGCUAUGAUGGACUUGGUGACUUCAAUAGUAAAUACUCAUAGUCCUACUUGGACAGAUUGCCGCCAGCUCCUGAAUACUCUGUUCACCACUGAGGAAAGAAGAGACAUAAUUGAAAAGGCACAGAUAUAUUUGCGUGAGCAGGCCAGAGUGGGAAAUAUUCUUAAUGUUGACCGUCAUCUCCAGGACAAUUUUCCCUUGGAGGAUCCUAAUUGGGAUCCAAACAAUGCAAUUCACCUGGCCAGGCUUACCACCUACCGCCAGACGCUUGUGCAAGGUAUCCGCAGGGCAUGCCAGAAGCCCACUAAUAUGACUAAAGUCUCAGAAGUAGAACAGAAACCGAAUGAGAGUCCGGGAGACUUUUUAGAGAGGCUGCAGGAAGCCUAUCGUAUAUGGACUCCUUUUGACCCUGAAGCCCCUGCAAACAGCAGAAUGAUUACUGCUACUUUUGUGGCUCAGUGCGCUUCUGACAUUCGUAAGAAAAUUCAGAAGUCAGAAGGCUGGGAAGGGAUGCUGAUGAGCCAAAUUAUGGCCAUUGCACGCCGAGUUUAUCGGAAUAGGGAUGAGGCUGAGAAACAAGAGAAGAAGAAGUGGCAGAAGGAAAAGAUGGUGAUGCUAGCCACAGCAGUGAAGCAAGACUACCGCCCUUUAAAUGGAGGGAGAGGGCGGGGAAGGAAUCCACCACUGGGAAGGAAUCAAUGUGCGAAUUGCAAGAAGGAGGGUCAUUGGAAGCGGGAGUGUCCUGAACCCCUGAGGUUGGAAGAAGUACGCCCAGGCCCAGGCCCAGGCUCCGGCCCAAGAAACCAGGGACGGGGACGGGGAAUGAUCCGAGAUGGAAGAUAUCAGAGACCUGGACAAGGACGGAGUAGAGACAAUUUCAUUGGACUGGCAGAGGAGGAUUUUACCCAAGACUAGGAACGACCGGACUCCAUAAAGUUAGGCUUCCAGGAGCCCACGGUCAAAAUUCAAUUAGGGAGCCAUUUAAUAGACUUUAUGAUAGAUACUGGCGCUGAAUACUCAGUACUCCCAGAACUUUUGCAGAAAAAGGCAUCCAAAAGUGUAGUCAUUAAAAGUGCCACUGGUCAGUCAGCUAAGAGGUCUUUCCUCCAACCUUUAGAAUGCCAGAUUGGGGGACAUCAUUUAACCCAUCAGUUUUUGUAUAUACCUGAGUGUCCAAUGCCUCUCUUAGGUAGAGAUAUGCUGUCCAAAUUGCAGGCCCAAAUCACCUUCACUCCUCGAGGUCCAGAAAUGAAACUGCCAUCAAAGGCAGCAGGAAUAAUUUCCCUCUCAGUACCUAAGGAACAAUCAUGGCGCCUAAUGUCAGCCCUGCAAGUCCAACCCACAUUGGAUACAGAAUUAAACAAGCUCCUCCGAACCCUACAAGUGCCACCAGGAGUAUGGGCCGAAAAUAGCCCACCAGGAAUGGCUAAGAAUAUAGCUCCAAUUGUAGUAACCCUAAAACCUAUGGCUACCCCUGUAUCUGUAAAGCAAUAUCCUUUACCCCGGCGAGCAGCAGAGGGCAUCCAGAAACAUUUGGACCGCCUAUUAAAAUAUGGUCUGCUUAAGCCCUGCCAAUCAGAAUGGAACACACCCCUUUUGCCUGUUCGGAAGCCUGGGACAGAUGAAUACAGGCCAGUACAGGACUUGAGGCUCGUAAACCAGGCUAUCGAGACCUUGCACCCAAAUGUACCAAACCCAUAUACCUUGCUGAGUUUGAUCCCACCAGAAGCAACAUUUUUACUGUAUUGGACUUGAAAGAUGCAUUCUUCUGUUGCCGGCUGGCACCACAGAGCCAACCUAUAUUUGCCUUCCAGUGGGAAGACCCUUUGACAGGAACAAAAGGCCAGCUAACCUGGACAAGAUUGCCCCAGGGAUUCAAAAAUUCCCCAACUUUAUUUGGCACUGCCUUGGCGAAGGAUCUAACAAGUUACCCCUCAAUACCUGGAAAAAGGUGGUUCUGCAAUAUGUAGAUGACCUUAUACUAGCGGCAAAGGAUUUUGAUACCUGUAAAGAAGGGACAGAGGAACUGCUCCACUUGCUCUGGGAAGCUGGCUACCGAGUUUCCCAGAAAAAGGCACAGUUAUGUUUAGAAAAGGUCAAAUAUUUGGGCUUUGACAUCUCACACCAACAACGAGCAUUGAGACCAGAGAGGAAAGAAGCUAUUUGCCUUAUCAAGGAACCUACCACAAGGAAACAACUCAGAGGAUUCCUGGGAACAGCAGGGUUUUGUAGACUAUGGAUACCUGAUUUCAGCAGUCUGGCCAAGCCCUUACAUGAAAGCACUCGAGGUGCAGAAAAGGACCCAUUCGUAUGGGGACCUGAGCAGCAACAAGCCUUUUUAGUUAUCAAACAACGACUUAUGGAGGCCCCAGCCCUGGGACUGCCUAAUUCGGAAAAACCCUUUCAGCUGUAUGUACAUGAACAGAAUGGGAUUGCAGCAGCAGUCCUGACCCAGAGAUUAGGAAGUUGGAACCGUCCAGUAGCUUAUUUGUCAAAACAAUUGGACUCAGUAGCAAAAGGAUGGCCUCCAUGCCUAAGGGCAGUAGCGGCCACUGCAAGCCUUGUCAAAGAAGCUGAUAAAUUUACCUUUGGCCAGACGAUGUAUGUGAAUGUACCUCAUGCUGUUCUGACACUCAUGGAAUAUAAGGGUAGUUAUUGGCUAACGAAUCCAAGGAUGGCUAGAUACCAAGGCCUAUUGUGUGAAAAUCCCAGGAUUCAUCUACGAGUAGUGAAUAUGCUCAAUCCAGCAACUUUGCUGCCCCUACCAGAGGUAGAUGAUGAAGAAUCACAUGAUUGUCUCCAAAUAAUGGAUGAAGUGUAUUCCAGUAGACCCGAUCUGAAAGAUGAACCAUUGAAAAAUCCAGAUGUUGUAUAUUAUACUGAUGGUAGCAGUUACCUGCAUGAAGGUGCCAGACGAGCAGGAUAUGCUGUGGUCACCAAUGAGGAAGUUGUGGAAGCUGAAGCUUUGCCUGCUGGCACCUCAGCACAAAAGGCUGAACUUAUAGGUUUAACUAGAGCUCUGCAAUUGGCAGCCGGAUGUAAGGCAAACAUCUAUACUGAUUCUAAAUAUGCCUUCUUAACCCUGCAUGCACAUGGAGCUCUAUGGAAAGAAAGAGGUCUAAUCGGAGCCCAUGGGAAGGCCUUGAAAUAUGGACCUGAAGUAGAAAUCCUGUUGGAAGCAGUAUGGGCUCCAGAACAGAUUGCUGUAAUGCACUGCAAAGGUCAUGGACGUGGAAGGGAUCCAAUAACCAGAGGAAAUCAUGCUGCUGACAAAGCAGCCCGAGAGGCAGCCCAGAAGCCUGUGGGAGGAUUUAUAGCAGCCCUCAUACCAGAGGUAGUUCCAGAAGAAAUUAAACCUCACUAUACCCCAGAAGAGAGGAAGUGGGCUGAACAGGAAGGAGCGGUUGUGAAGGACGGUUGGAUGAUCCUGCCGGACAAUAGGAUUUAUGUACCUCAUCACCUAGCAGGCACAAUUGUAAGAAAUUAUCAUGAAUCUACUCACCUUGGCGGUACUGCAACCAGAGAGAGUCUCAGUCGGAAGUUGUAUAUUAUUAACCUAUCACAAUUAGCAACUUGCAUUUCACAGAAAUGUGUUCUUUGUGCUAAAAACAAUCCCAGGCAGGGACCGGUACAACCUCCUGGAAUCCAACAUGUGGGAUACGUCCCCAUGGAAAGCCUAAUUGUGGACUUCACAGAGCUGGUCCCUUCUAAGGGAUUCAAGUACCUCCUUGUGUUUGUAGAUACCCUUACCGGAUGGGUUGAAGCUUUUCCCACCAGGACUGAAAAGGCACGAGAGGUAACUAAGAGACUCCUCACUGAAUUGAUCCCGAGGUUUGGAUUACCUAGAUGCAUUGGAAGUGAUAAUGGGCCAGCGUUCAUUGAUCAAGUAGUACAAGAAGUAUGUCGAGUCCUACAAGUGAAAUGGAGACUGCAUGCAGCAUAUAGGCCUCAAAGUUCGGGGAAACUGAAAGAAUGAAUCGGACUCUGAAAACCCAAUUGGCAAAAUUAACCCAGGAAACAGGAUUGGGAUGGGUAGAUGUGUUACCCAUAACACUGUUUCGUGUUCGGUGUGCACCCACAAAAAGACUUAAGUUGUCACCUUUUGAGCUCCUGUAUGGGAGGCCACCCUCCUUUGUUCAGGAUAUUCCAGCUGACCUCAAACAAAUAGGAGACCAUGUGACACAGGGACAAGUGCAAUCUCUCUCCCGUGUUUUUGUUUCUCUUAACAGGUGGGCCCUCGAGCGCACGCCGUGCAGCAUUGCCGAGCCGAUUCAUCAGUUCCAGGCUGGCGAUAGCGUAUGGGUGAAAGAGUGGAAACGUGAUCCACUUGCACCUAAGUGGCGUGGGCCUUACACCGUCUUGCUCUCUACUCCAACAGCGGUGAAGGUAGCUGAGGUGACCCCUGGAUUCAUCACUCCCGUUUGAAGAAGUCCGAAGGCAGUUGGACGUGCAAAGGUGACCCCUCUAAUCCUUUUAAACUGACUCUCUCCAAAACCCCUGUAUCUAGCCCUACGGGGAACGGGCUAGGUCACGGGCAACAUUAGACGACCGGCCUGCUGCAGCCACAACCUGGAAGCUGGCUGACCUGCGCACGCCUGAAGCUUGAGGAGCGUCUGAACCAGCGAUUGUGAACAGGAAGAUUCUCUUAUACAAUUGAUUGACUGCACCCCAUGUGGAACAAUUAUCAGGGAUAUUACUCAUUGGGGAUCCUCGGGAUAUAUGUUUUGGUCUUGGUGGUUCCCCAUUUCUGUCAUUGGGGGAAUUAUAUUGGGCCUAAUAUUUUUUUGUUAUCACAAUAAGGUAAUCUUUUGUGGAAGAAAUGCAUAUACUAGACAUCAACAUGAUUUUAUUAUUAAUCCUGAUCCCUUGGGAAGGGGAAGGGUCCUUGAAUCUGACCAAAUUUGCUAAAUAUGGAUUCCGCCAUGACCACAAUAUGUGGGUAGGCUUAGCUGAGAUGGUAGCCAAUGUUACAAAUAGGACCAAUUGCCUUGUUUGCUCUCUUGGACCAGAUGAUUCAGAGGGAGGUAUGCCCUUAUUACCGAUACCAUUAAAUGCCAUUGGUAUGGUAAGCGAAAUGCCACACCAAACAGAAGUACAGAAUUUCCCCGGAUGGAACUCAACUAAACCAAUACGAGUUAUACCUGUGCAAGGGGAAUUCUGUGUACAUAAAUUAUCAGCUGCAGCUGAUUCUAUCAUGAUAGGCUCUUCUCAUUGCCACUAUACUUGGGAUUAUAUUAAGAAUAGUCAAACCUGGGCAAACGGUACUACCUAUCGAACUCGGAAUACCUUGCCCUGUGCACCUCCUUUUAUUCAUGCAUGGAAACUGGUGUGGAACAUAACUGUGACAGAAAAAGGCAAUCUAACAUACUGCACUGUGAACUCUAUGCCCCUUUUGAUAUUUCGCCUUAUGCACUCCACGUACCAAAACCUCAGACCCGAUGGUUGUGGUGGAUAUGUGGAGAAUGGGCAUACAAGCAACUCCCUCCCAAAUGGAGUGGGACUUGUUUCCUGGGAUGGGUAUUACCACCAAUGUGGAUUAUGCCCACUAGUUCGGCAAAGCGUACACGAAGAAACGCUGAUAUUUCUCAUAUAGCAGGAGGAAGUACCCAAAGUUGGAGUGAUACUGAUGAUUGGCCACCAGAGCGCAUUAUAGCCUAUUAUGAGCCUGCCUCCUGGAAUCCUGAUGAGCUCAUACAAGGGGCACGGGAUCCUAUUUAUAAUCUAAACAGAAUAAUUCGAUUGCAAGCAGUAGUGGAACUUGUAACCAAUGCAACGGCCCAGAGUUUGAGACUUAUUGCACAACAGUUGGAUGAAAGUAGAGCCGCCAUUUUGCAGCUGAAAAUGGGAAUGGAUUAUGUACUUGCCAGGCAGGGAGGCCUAUGUGGAGUCUUAAACUUGACAGGGAAUGCCUGUUGCUUUAACAUUUCUGAUAAUGGUGAGGCAAUCCGUGUGUUGGCCACAAAGAUGGAGAGUAUAGCACAUGUCCCAGUACAAAUAUGGGAAGGAUGGGAUAUGGGAUGGCUCACCAAUUGGUUACCUAAUGUUGCGGGACUCAAAGGGAUACUAUUGUCUUGCUUGUUUUUCUUGACGGUAGUAGUAAUGGUUUUAUGUACGGUGCCAUGUAUCAUUUCAUGUUUUAGAAGUACAAUUAGCAAGAUGAUUUCAAAUGAAACUUUACCUCAUAUUAUGGCCCUAUACAGAGCUUUACCUCAGGAAUAUGACGAAGGUCAAGCUAUCAAGGACACUUGGGAUGAAGGUCCUUGAGCUUGAAAGGGGGGAAUGAGGCAUCUGAUCAAAAUCUGCUUUGAGCUUAAAAAAUUAUAUUUGUAAAUAUAUUUUUCUCUCAUGCAAGGGAGAAGAGCAGCUGAAUACUCUGGCAGCUGUUCAAGGGCCCCACUGCUAUAAAUAGCAGUAUUUCAAGGUUGUAAAAGGAAAUUAGAGCCAGAGAGCAAAAGGUCACACUGACCAGAAUACAAUCAAGCUGUAAAAACACAAUUAAGAACUGGUAAAUAGUGAAAUUUAUUGUUUAACAGAAGACUCGAGCCAUAAGGUUAAAGGUUAAAUGGAAGAGGUUGCUCUUAGAAACAGCUGCUGGUUAGGGAAAAGGGCCUCUCUCCAAACUGUUUUGAAGCUUCAGAGAAUUUACUAAGUUCCUUCUAAUUUGAAAAGGCCUUUCCUUCUAAAAAUCUAUCUAUGUUAUGUAUGAAAUAUAUUGGCUUAAAUGUGAUUAUGCAAAGGAUUUAGAAAGUAAGAAAUGUUAGAUUCUUAUGUUAGAUUCCUAUUAUGGUGGGUGAGAAGGUGAACUCAAGAUCUCUUUAAGAUAAAAAAAUUAGAAACCAUGCACCAUCUGCUUUAGCCAUCUGGUUUGCGGUGAAUAGGGCAACAGGGGCCAAAGGUUAUCUGGUAAUUGAGGUGCCUGGUCGAGGUAAAUGUAAGAUAUAUGGCUACUUGUCUGCCAUUUAUGGAUACAAGGAAAUAUAGCUUUUUGUCUCCCAUAAAAGGGAAUAGGAAAUGGGUGUAUCUUUUAUGAUUGGUUCUAGCAAACAACCAAUAGGAAUUUCAACCAGGCUGAUUGGACAGAGGCAGCCAAAGGAGGAGCAAGGGGGCUGGGCUGAGGAAAUAUAAGUGCUGGCCAUCAGGGCUGGAGUAGGCAGAGCUUUGGUAUCCAUAUACCACUGUGUCUCUCAUUUAUUUGUCUGACAAAUAAAUUAUUAUUUUAAUUUCUCUAUUGCUGCGUUGAAUAUUUCAUUCCAGCUAAGCGUUAACCACAAGCAGGGUGCUACAGGGGGGGGCUACAGGCAAAAUAUCCCGAACAGGCCUCCUCCCUGCCCAUUCACUUGCUUUUGGGCCCAGUCUGUAUAACUAUCCAGCAUAUAACUCUAGCCACCUAUAGUAACAAGAUGUAAACAAGGUUUCUCCCCUCUCCCCAAAGGAACAAUGAUUUACCACGGACUGGGGUGAGUCAAUAGGGACAGCUGGAGCACAGGCAUAAUAUACAAUAUUCACGGUGGUAAAAUGUGUAAUAAUAUAUGGACACUUGGGCCUGUUUAUUCAAUUGGUAGCCUCUCCAGUUGCUCCCCCACCCCCCAACCCAAGGCUGCUUUCAGGUGGGGCUUUUAACAAAAAUUGUUUUAAGCUCAAAUUGGAACUUGGACAUCUUCCACAUCUGGAAGAGCCCCUGGCAGCUUGUGAAAAGGAAAUGUUUUCUUAGCAGUGUUGAUGUGCCGAACUCUCUGUGCCACAGCAUUCUGCUACCAUUUUCCACUCUAGGUUCUGCAGUCUCUUCAGAUUUCAACAUCAUUGAUACAGAGACUCCGGUGUUUUUCCGAGGUGACCAGGCCUCUCAGUUUGGCUACCGUGUCGUCCAGACGAGAGCGGACGACGGCACGUCCUGGUGAGAACCAAACUGUUGCCAGUUUAUUUUGUUCAGGUUUCCAGCUGUACAGGUUUCCAGCUGUACAGGUUAAAGUUAUUGAUAGACUAAGAUUAAAGAUUAGGAUUAAAGAUGUUUAAGGAAAUGGAAAUUUGGUACUUAAGAGGUAAAAUUUUAAUGCUAUAUUAUAUUAAGAUUAAAGAUUAGGAUUAAAGAAGUUUAAGUGUUAUAUUAUAUUAAGAUUAAAGAUUGGGAUUAAAAAAGUGGAAAAGAAAUUGCUGGACAAACAAUUUGGACUGGAAUACAAAGAGGGAGGUAUGAGGAAGUCCAGAAAAUAAGUAAAUUCAAAAACGGAAAUGAAAAAGUGAUAUUGUUUUUAAUUGCUCUGUUUCUUUUUUGUAUUUUGUUUUCUGUGUUUUCCUUCUUUUUGGAUUAUGUAUUGUGUAUUUGUGUACUUCUUUUUUAUGUUUUUCUGUCUAACUUUUUAUUGAAACCUUAAUAAAAAUCAUUAAUAUAUAUAUAUAUAUAUAUAUAUAUAUAUAUAUAUAUAUAUAUUGUUCAGAGCAGCCACAUGCCUGUAAACAGUCGUUUUCUAAAACUUGCUCCCCUCGUGCAGGUUGGUAGUGAGUGCCCCCAUGUCAGGCAACCGGACGGGAUCGCUUUUCCGCUGCUCGUAUGAUACAGAGAAGUGCCAGCCAGUGGUUCUCCACCACAACAGUAAGCUAAAAAUUUGUGUGCCUCCAUUCUUCUGAAGGUGAGAGUGUCGCAUCUGAUCAUUUUAUCUCCUGAGAAGAGAGGGAACUCUUGAGGGCAUAUGUGCACUACAGACUGAUACGGAUUUUACAAUUCCCUAUUUUUGUCAGUUAAAUUUUGGAGGGUAUGCAGAAUAGCUAGGAACUGUGUGUGUGUAUUAAUAUCCAUGAGACAUGGGGACAAAGUCUCUUUAUAUAUUAUAAUUAUAUAUGAUAAGUCUCACUUACAUGUCUGUCUCUUUUUUCCACAUGCCAUCUCUCCUUGUCUGAAACAAAGAUACCUCUGGAAUAUCUCUGGGACUUUCGCUGGCGGCCGAUAAAUCAGACUCAAAAAUAAUAGUAAGUAAAACCAGAGUGGAAUCAAAUAGCAAAAUAGUGCAAAUCCAUGGGUGGGCCUGCGUUUGCAGGGUCUGUCACUCAGAAAGGAGGUGAAAUAGAGGCAGCCCUGUCAUUAGUGAGAAUGAGGCAGCCGCCUCAAGCAGCUGAUUCAGGGCGUAAUUAAAGGAGAAUAAAAUAUUUUAAAAUUUAUUAAUAUUGUAUUUUUACUGUCAGGGAUGGGAAGAGGGGCUUGUGGGAUUUUCUGCUUCAGGUGACAGAAUAACUUGACCAGCUGUGGGUGCCUUGCAACUUGGCUUUGGAGAGAAAAUAUUGAGCUCAAGCAGAAAAUGCCCUGACCUGGCCUUGAGGAGGAAUUUCUCUCAAUUUGGCUGAGACAAUCUAGAGUCACAUCUAUAGCAUACAUUUAAAGCACAGUUAUGUCACUUUAACAGCCUUUGCUCCCCUGAAAGAAUCAUGGGAAAUGUAGUUUAAGGAUGCUUGGAAUUGUAGCUCUGUGGGGAGUCUCCUAACAACUCUCAGCACCCUUACCAAACUACAGUUCCCAGGAUUCUUUGGGGGAAGCCAUGGUACAAGAGUGCUUUAAACAUUUCAAUAAAUAAGUCUAUGGUGUGGAUAUGACCCAGGUGAAUGAGCUUAAGAGACAGGGACCCCAUGGCUGUUUUCAUCCUUCCUGUCCACACAGGCCUGUGGCCCAACAUGGGAGCGUCGAUGUGGGGACUUUGAUUAUCUGAAUGGUGUCUGCUAUAUCAUGAGCAAUUUUAACCAACCUGCCAAAGAGAUCCAUCCAGCUUUCCAAGGUAAGAUUUGGAGAAAAUUAGCUUCACAUGCCUCAUAGCAUAUUGCAUUAAUAAGCUAGGUUGGGGAGCAUCGGUUUGGUAAAGGGAAAGAGGAGACAGUCAUGCGCAUGAAGUUGGACCAAGGUUGUCACACAUAUUGUGUCCUUUUAAGUGCUGCAGCACAGUUAGAAAUUCAAUAUGUGCAGCUUUUCACCAUUGCUGCAUCUGCAUGCCAGGUGAGAGUUAUUCUGCAGUUCUAGCAUCCCAAGAUAAGCUUUGGCCUACCCCAUAUUGUAUUUAUCAGGCUAUCCCCUUUGAGUUCCAUGGCAAUUCUCUCCAGUCAAACCAUUCUUUUUGUACAUUGCUCUGUAAUACACAGUGACCCAAUAUGUCAAUUACAAAUAAGGAAUUUUGACCGCUGCAAAUCAUACUUGCACACCUCCAGAAUGGUAUCUUCUACCUGCAUCGUGUCUCUCAGAGGUCACUCUCCUGAAGGUGUGGAUGUUUGAUUUGGGGUGACUCACAGCUUAGUUUGGGGUACAUGUCCUUGGUUCCUUGUUCAUUUUGUUUUUGACAAUUAUUGAUGUGGGCUUGUACACCUGGCAAUGUCAUGUACUAAAACCAAAUACUCGGUUGGACAUAAUUCUGGAACAUCUCAUGUUCCCUUGGAGGUGUGGCUCUGUGAUUUGUAGCAGCCCAAAGUUUAAUUUGGGAUGUUCAGACCCAAUUCCUCAUUUGCAGUUGUUACCUGAGAUUAUCAUGUGUUAAAGACCGUUGUGCAAAGGGUUCUGACUGGAGAGAAAUGUUGUGGCUCUUGAAUGGGACAAUCCCCACAUUAUGGAGACCUGCAAAGUUUAUUUUAGGAUGCUGGGGCAUAUCGGCUUCCGUUCCUCGUUGAGGCUAUUCAUUUGUCUUUGUUUUGGGAUGUCGUGGGAAUGCAAUCCAUUUUCCACACCCAUCCUGCCUCUUCUCCACUCAGAGUGCACUGUUGGCGUGGAUGCUGUGAUUUUAUUUGACGACUCUGGGAGCAUUUCUGAUGGUUCCUUUCUCACAGUGAAGAACUUCACCCUUCAGCUAAUGGCUUCUGUUUCUGAGGCAGAUGUGCAGGUGAGAGCAAUAAGGAGCUUGUUGGCGCUGCAUGUGGGAAGUGACUGGGUGGGUGGGUGUCACUGGGCUUUGCUUCUUAGGUCACACCCCCUCCAUAGUUUCAAAGCACUCUUAUAGCAUUUAAGCAGUCAUGGCUUCCCUCAAAGAACACCAGCUUGUUAAGGGUGUUGAGACUCAUAAUUCCCCUUUCUCAGAUUUCUGAGAGGGUUCUUUCCCAGCCCCACCUGGAGAUGCUGAGGAUUAAACCUGGACUUUUUGCAUGCAAAGCAGAUGCUCUACCACUGAGUUUGAGUUUCACCUGGUCACAGGCCCUGCCAAGUUUGAAAGGAACCCCCAUGUGGCACCGGUCAUUCUUCAUCUGCUGCCCUUAAUUCUGUACUCCUUCCCCGUCACUGCCAUUGCUGAGCUUUUGGGCUGGGCUGCCCUUCUCAUGCCCUCUUGUUACUACUGCUUGCUUUAGAAAAAUAUAUUGAAUGGUUGGGCAUCAGGUGCUGUGAAGUGAACCACUGUGUCAGCUAGACUUAUUUACCCAGAAUGCUUCUGGGCAGCACACGACAGGCAGCUCAAGGCUGGCAGAUGUGGUGGUAUGCAGCACACACCACAGUUUCCCACCACUCUAACAAUUGACACUCACCAUUUGGUGUCAUUUGCCAGAGAGGAGCUCCUGGGCUUCAAAGUCCUGAAUGUUGACUAACGGUGCCGAAGUGUGGGGUGUGCUCGCUGUAUUUUCAUUGAUGACAUAAGCCAUUCUCCAAAUGAUAUUGAUUCUUCACAUGUGCAUCCGAACUCCCCACUGCAUGGGGAAAGAGGAGCAGUGCAACUUUCCGUUGUCAUGUCUUCCAGUUUGCUAUGGUCCAGUUUUCCACUGAAGUCAACCUGGUUUUUGAUUUUAACUACUACAAUGCAUUUAAAAGCAAGGUGAAGGAAAUAGUCGACGCAAUUCAACAGACCAAAGGAAAUACUCACACCCCGACUGCCAUCCGCUAUGUGGCGUGAGUACCAGGGAAAUGAAUUUUUGGGUUGGAGGAAGAGCCAGGUGCCUUUUGCCCCUUCAGACCCAAGCCAAAUGCUGCCUUCUUUGCAGGGAUAAAGUCUUCUUACCCAAGCUUGGCAUGCGACCUCACAGCAAGAAACUCCUCAUUGUCUUGACCGAUGGCGUAUCCAAUGACGGGAAAACCACAUUUGAUGUCGCUAUACAGGCUGCAGAUAAGAAAGGCAUCAUCCGUUAUGCCAUUGGGGUAUGGAGUUCAAAACCAUCAUUGAGGUUGCAAUGUGUGGAUUCUGUGGCUGCACCAUGCAAGCAGACAAGUGCAGGAUCAGUACCUUGGGGAACCAAGUGCUGAGGUUAUAUGUGGCAGGGACCCAUUAGUAACGGGGGGGACAAGACGUCUUUAUAGAAAUUCCCUGUUGCUUGUUCCAGGUUGGCAGACAAACUAGAACAGAUGAGCUGAACACAAUUGCUUCGUCACCUAAUAAUGUUUUCGAAGUCGACAGCUUUGAUGCGCUCAGUAGCAUUCAGAACCAGCUGAAGGACAAGAUAUUUGCCAUUGAAGGUCAGUGUCGCAAGGUGAUGGAGCAUCUUUGCCGAUGCUCAGUUUUGUCCAAGAACUAUAGGCGUGGUACAGUAAAGGGGGGGCCCAGGCUGUAAAUAACUGAAGUACCUAACAAGGGAAUGAAGUUUAAGUUUCAGAAUUCACAAAAUGACAUGGGCACUGUGGAACAGGGUGAGUCGUUGUGUCAAUCAUUAUUGCUAAUGCUGAGGCGUCCAAGAGAUUCACCGACACUGUGCAACCUGACUCUGCCCAGCCGUUUGCAAAGGCGGUGCAAAUGUGGGGGUGCCAUCUAUGCUGAAGCCCCACAACAAAAGUACUUCUUGUACGAAAGAUUACUCUUCUCCCAACCCUGGAAAACUGAAUUUGUUCUGCUCUAAGAUGACCAUUUAGAAAGGGCAGAUUUUGAGGCCAACCUUCCUCCUCUCUUUGCCCCCCCUCCUUCCAUUCUCUGCCUCUUGCCUGUCUUAAUUAUCUUUUGUUUCCCAAAAAGGGACCUCUGGAAUCUCUGCUGGCAAUUCAUUUCAAAAAGAACUUUCUCAGGGCGGAUUCAGUGCCCUCCUCACCCCAGUGAGUAGAAACUCCUGUCAUAAGAACAUAUGCUUUGUUUGGGGUAUUUAUAUCCCGCUUUUUAGGCAGACCUCACAGAGUGGUUUACAAAGGACCAUCCGAACAAUAAGUGUUUGUGUGUGUGUGUGUACAGUGCUUUUUUCUAAAAAAAUGUUUGGGGUACACUCAUUUUGACUCAAGAAAUUCACCAUUUUAUAGUUCAAAUUGGGGAAAAUAAAUACAGUAAAUGGACAAAAGUACAAAGAUUCACAAAAUGUUUAGGGGUAUGCAUACCCCUGCGUCCCCCCCAUAAAAAUGCACGUGUGUGUGUGUGUGUGUGUGUGUGUGUGUGUAAAAUAAAAGGGAACAAUAACUUUGUUUUAGAAGAAGCUAUAAUUUGCUUCCACUCCCUUCAGAACUCUGGCUUCCAAUGUUAUGAGAGACGGUGAAAAAGUAAUCCAAUUCUAUUUUCCCACUCAGUUAUGCAUCUCAGUCGGUUCCUCUUAAUCUUUCAUUCAUGAGUUCUGAAAACAAUUCCUACCACCAGCCCUAUUUAAAGGGAAGUCUCUCCUCAUGGGCUGCCACAACUAGCAAUACAACACUGUGUGGGAUGGAUUUGUCUUUUUGCCGUGCAGCCUUCCCCCCCUCCCCCGCCCCCCAAAAUUUUCCUUUGGGGAGACUUACUCAUGAAUGUUCUCUGCUGAUGCACAGAGUCUGAUCACCAUAUAUAGAGAAGGACUCAGUUUCUCCCCCUCCCUAUUGGUUCGCACCCUGGGAAUGUUGUUCCCUUUGUGUGUAUGUAGUUUGACUGUUUGGUUCAAGGCAUUUGCAGCUCUGUGCUCUGCAGGUACCUUCCUGUAGUUCAGCUGUUCCUAUUUGUAAACUGAUCUGGAUUUAAAUCUGUAUACUGGCCUAUAAGGGAUAGGACUGGUAAGAGAAUAGCUUUGAACUAGAUGAUCAUUGAAUAAAUUUGUGUUGUUUUUUUAAACACCACAAUAAUUCUAUGAUUACAUGUAGAAAACCCUGUUAUUUUGUUAUGCAGAGUGGGGAAAUGCUUGACUUGGCUGUGGUUUGGUCAUUAAUUGGAGGAGAACUGAGAGGUGCAAUUUGACUACUCGUGUCUAAAACAGAGAGGGCUGGGGAGUAGAGCGCAGUUACUGAUGUUGUUGUUGUUGUUAAUUCAAUUGUUAUAUCACCCUUUAUCAAAAUGUCCCAGGGUGGUGCAUAACAUUAACACAUUUUACGGAGCACAACAAAACACACACAAUAAAAAACAUAAUAAUAGACAGCAUAAUAAUAAUAUAAUCCCACAGCUUUAACAAGCCAUAGAUUAUUAAAUGACCAAAGGGUAAAGAGGAAUGGUUUUGCCUGGUGCCUAAAGACAUGUAACCAUGGCGCCAGCCGAGCUUCUCUGGGGAGAGUAUUCCUCAGUCAGGGAGCCACCACAGAAAAGGCCCAUUCUUGUGUUUCCACCCUCCGAACCUCUCGGGGAGCAAAGACAUAAAAAACAGCCUUGGAUGACAAGUGCAGGGGCCAAGCCAGUUCCUAUGGGAAAAGGCAGUCCUUCAACACCAAGAAACCACCACCACACCUGGGACUGCAGUCUGUACUCCCCUCACCUCCCUAUCUUUCUUCACGCCUCCAUCCUCUUGCAGGGACAUGUGGUAACUGGAGCUGUUGGUGCUCACACUUGGUCUGGGGGUCUGGAGGAACAGUCUUUGGGAGACCCUCCCCAAAUCAAAUUCCUGAACAUUCCCUUCAAUGUCUCAUAUCUGGGUGAGUGAGGCAGCUUCUCCUUUGCUUCCAUAUCUAAUGGCCUGCCAGGAGCUAACUCAUCCAACCCAACGUCCACAACCUCCUCUUUCUUUGUCUCUGACAGGCUAUUCGGUGGCUGUAGCUCAGCGUGGAAAGAAGCAGUUCUACAUAGCUGGGGCUCCGCGAUACCAGCAUGUUGGAGCUGUCGCGGUCUUUGAAAGCCGGAGUAAGCGCUUGGUGGUAUUCCCUGAAGGGGAUCAGGUAAGAGGCAGAAACCGGGGUGCAGAUCAGUCUCCCAUUCACUUCAUCUUGGGUGUGAAAGUUGUAAGCUGCCCUGGAAGUUGAGUUUUAAAGCAAGGCAGGCUACCUUAACUAAUCUAGAACCAGCAGAGAGAUAGGAGAGCAGGAGUCAGUCUCUUGGCCCAUGUAGUUUGGUACUGUCUGCACUGACUCGGCAGCAGUCAGCUUCAGGCAGCGGAUGUUCCCAUCCCUGCCUAGAGAUGCUGAGGAUGGAAACCUGGGACCUUCUGCAUGCCAAGCAGGUGUCCUACAGCCUUUCCCCUCUUUCUCUUAGAAAGUUUACUUCAAACACAUGGAAGAGACAGAGGGAGUUGAUAAUCGAACAGCUUGUCAAAAAUCACUGAGCAGCUGCUAAACAAUAAGCAGACAUCAUAUUGAUAGUGGCUAGGAGUAAAUCCUGCAACUACAGUGGUACCUCGGGUUACAUGCACUUCACGUUACAGACGCUUCAGGUUACAGACUCUGCUAACCCAGAAAUAGUACCUCGGGUUAAGAACUUUGCUUCAAGAUGAGAACAGAAAUUGUCUUCCAGUGGCACGGCGGCAGCGGGAGGCCUCAUUAGCUAAAGUGGUGCUUCAGGUUAAGAACAGUUUCAGGUUACGAACGGACCUCCGGAACGAAUUAAGUACUUAACCCGAGGUACCACUGUAUUAAAAUCUGAAAAGGCUCUAUUCCUGUGUUUCUCCUUUUUCUUGUGCCCCUUCUGACUGACCUUUAUUUGAUCACAGAUUCCAGUUGACUAUCUGAUUAAUUCUGCCAUGGGAUACUCCUGUCAGUCUCAAACUGCUUCACAUCAAUAUUCCAAGAGGGUUUUGGGCCUACAUCUUCUCUCUCUCUCUCAGGGCCAAGCUAGACAUGAAACUAAAGUUAUGGGUGCCAUUAGCCUGCCCUGUUCUUAAAAUCUAAAUAAUUGGUGGUAAAUCUAUGGACCUCAUUAAACCAGCUAGACCUUUUGACAUGAGCGUAGCCAGGCUUUUUGUUGGGGAGGGCCUUUUGCUAGGGAAGGCAUAACCUCAGUUAGCUAUGUAUUUUUUUUAUGGGGGGGGAGCUGCCCCACCCUGUCCCCCCUUGGCUACACCCAUGCCUCUCAGUUUGGCCCAUGAGUCUGUUUUGGCAAAGAUUAAGCCCACUAGUCUAAUUGGUCAUCUUCACUUCUGCCAGUCACCUCCAUAUUGUAUUUCUAUUUCUUUCCAGUUGGGUUCGUACUAUGGGGCUGAAGUCUGCUCCGUUGACCUAGAUGAAGACAACAAUACCGACCUUGUUCUGAUUGGGGCUCCCCAUUAUUACAGUAAGAACCAAGGUGGGCUUGUUGAUGUCCGCUCUAUGAAUGACCAGGUGAGGAAACACACCAGUGGUAGGGUUGGGAAGGGUGGGUGGGUGGGAAGAAGGGGCAAGGAGGAGGAUGGACCAGACUUGCUCACAUCUGGAAGAAUAAUAAUAAUAAUAAUAAUAAUAAUAAUAAUUUAUUUAUACCCCGCCCAUCUGGCUGGGUUUCCCCAGCCACUCUGGACGGCUUCCAACAGAACACUAAAAUACAAUAACCUAUUAAACAUUAAAAGCUUCCCUAAACAAGGGCUGCCUCCAGAUGUCUUCUAAAUGUUUGGUAGUUAUUUUUCUCUUUGACAUCUGGUGGGAGGGUGUUCCACAGGGCGGGGGCCACUACCGAGAAGGCCCUCUGCCUGGUUCCCUGUAACCUGGCUUCUCAUAGCAAGGGAACUGCCAGAAGGCCCUCGGUGCUGGACCUCAGCGUCCAGGCAGAACAAUGGAGGUGGAGACGCUCCUUCAGGUAUACUGGACCAAGGCCGUUUAGGGCUUUAAAGGUCAGCACCAACACUUUGAAUUGUGCUCGGAAACGUACUGGGAGCCAGUGUAGGUCUUUCAAGACCGGUGUUAAAUGGUCUCGGCGGCCGCUCCCAGUCACCAGUCUAGCUGCCGCAUUCUGGAUUAGUUGUAGUUUCUGGGUCACCUUCAAAGGUAGCCCCACGUAGAGCGCAUUGCAGUAGUCCAAGCGAGAGAUAACUAGAGCAUGCACCACUCUGGCAAGACAGUCUGCGGGCAGGUAGGGUCUCAGCCUGCAUACCAGAUGGAGCUGAUAAACAGCUGCCCUGAACUUCGGGAAAAACUGAACUUCUGCUCCAUCCAGCUUUCAUGGGAAAUGUUGGGAUGCAGCUCAGCUUGAUGAGUGGUUAAUGCAGAUAGAGAGGGGAAUUUUUAAAGAUUCCCAAACUUUCUCACUGUCCUUGGAUCUCUGUGCUGAACUUUCCUUUGAUGUUAGACUGAUAAAGCUGAUCAAAUUUCCUUCUUUGCACUCUUGCUUCUGAAGCUGAUGGGGAAAGGACAUCUUUGGCAGUAUCUCUGCUGAAUGUGAGGGGGAUGUAAUAGAAUAGGGCUGAAUAGUAGAGUUGGAAGGGACCAUGAGGGUCAUUUGUCCAACCCACCGCAAUAUUUUGUGCAACGUGGGGCUCGAACUCAUGACCCUUGAGAUUAAGAGUCUCAUGCUCUACCAACUGAGCUAUCCCAGGAGCCAAGCAUGGCUCUGCUGCACCUCCAGAUUUAGUUAGAACUAAGAGCUCUUUUCUACCCAAGUAUGUCUUGCCUAUAAAAAAACCACACCACCCAGGCCCUUUUUAUUUUCCAUACCAAGUGUCUCUGUGUGCGACUGCAACCAAGGUGAGCUUGCUCUCCUAGCAAGGACUUGGUAUGCAGUCAGUUUCCAAGCUGUGUGCUAACUCAGAGUAAAUCAACACAUUUUAUUUUCAAGAAGCAUUUGAAGGCCGCUCUCUUUACUUCCUCCUGUGAUUGGUGUUAUGUACUGAUGUUCUCACCCUGGGCCAGCAGGGGGAUACUGUAGAUAGUUUUCACUCAGGUCCACAUAUGCAAAUAAGGAAUUGAAAGUGACGUUCAGUUUUUGGAUAGUUACAGAAAGUUGUUACUGUUGCUUGUAGUUGAGCUCUGUAUAAGCAGGCUGGCUGAACCCUUUAGCCCAGUUCAGUUCUGGCCUGUGAAUAAACAAGAGCUGUUUGAAGAAUCGCUGUGUCGUCUGAUAUGUUCACCCACAACUUAACAAUUGGCUUCCGUUAUGCCCUUUCCCUGUGCACAGUCUCUUAUUGGGGCCAAGCUAGAUGUGAUAUUGUGUGAAAGCAAUUAACGCAUACAUUAAAAAAUGAAUAAAUAGCCACCUGGGAGGGAGGGAGGGAGAGGAGGAAUAGAACCACAGCCACACUCUGCCACAGUGAUCCCUGUCUGAAGCUGCUCUUAGCCCUGAUGCUGUCAGUGGACACGUCUCUCUCAGGAUUAGUAGCAGCUCUGAGAGGUGAUUUUUCAUUGGGGUCACAGCAGGGGAUUGAAAGGAUUAACCCUUCCCACUGCAGAGCUGUUUCAAAGUGUUGAAGUCGUCAUGGGUUGUAUCCAGCUAAGUUCUAGUCAGUGUAGAAAUGGAUGGAUCCAAGUAAGGAUUAGAUUGCACAACCUCCGCCCGCCCCUCCAAAUUUUAAUUGUUUCCUUACAAGUCAACCAUGGUACAAAACUGGACCUUAAAUUGUAACACCAAGGCAGAGACUGCCAUCUUGAGCUCAUAGAUGAAAUAAGAUUUAACUGGGGGACUCAUGUUCACUAGGACAGUAAACAUCAUUGUCAGGCCCCAGGAGGUUGAUUGAGGUCCGUUUAAUUCAGGAUAUGUGUUUUGGUUGAAUUGCCUCAUUGCUUUUAGAGAAUGGUCUUAGCUCAUCUUCCCACUGUGUCUAUUUUUUUAAAAAAAUAAUGUCAUACUUAUGCUGCUUUAAAUGCUGUUCCUUCUUCCGGUUAUUGAUUGUUAAAUGUUGGAGCCGUUUUAAUGCCAAAUAUAUUUGCUGCCUUGAAAUUUGGUUAAGGGAAGUUGGAGAGGGUAUAACUGUGUUAAUAAGUCACACACUUCCUGGCAGGGUCACCUUGUUUCCCUCCAAACGCUUCGUGGGGAGCCUGGCAGCAGCUUUGGCCGUUUUGGGGCAGCACUCUGCGCUUUAGGGGACAUAAGCGGGGAUGGCUUUGCAGAUGUGGCGAUCGGAGCCCCCAUGGAGGAUGAAGAUCGUGGGGCCAUUUACAUCUUCCUGGGAGAAGCAGGCAGGCUGAAAAAACACCACAGCCAGGUGAGCCUGAGAGUCAAAAGUGCAUAUAUUGUCUGUUUGUGUGUGGCAAGGUGGUCCAAUGGUUAAAGAGCUAGGCCAGGGAUGGGGAAUGUGUGACCCUCCUGAUACGGGACUACAACUCCCAUCGUCUCUGACCAAUGGCCAUGCUGGCUGGGUGGCGGGGGGAGCACAGGUUUCCUAUUCCUGAUGCAGGCAGUACAGAUUCAGUCCCUCCACAUCUCUCCAUUGAAUUCUUAUGAGCCGAUUCCUGAAUCAGUCUCCACUGAUCAUUGAUGAAAUGGGAAGAGUAAAGCAACAGAGUUGUUGGAAAGCAAUUGCAGCCAGGUCUGGAUAGAAGCCCAGUUCAAUACAUAAUCUCAAUAACCGCUCCCUUUUUGGAUGACAGAUGUGAUCCCUGCCUCCCUAAUAUUGGGCCCAGAUCAUCUUUGCACAGAUUAAUGCAGAAUCUGUACUUCUAUAAUUAAAAAACAACAACAACAAUAAUAAUAGAUGUGACAACUUGCAUCCAGUAACUAAACAGCACAUUUUAUAAAUUCUGGCUGUUGUGAGACACACACACACAAAGAAAGUGUGUGUCCUUUUUCAAAACUAUUAUAGUUUGCCCUAUUCAGAUUUAAUUAAUCAUUUAAAAGACUUAAAAUGGAAUUGAUUAAUUGGCUAAUAUUUUCUUAAUUGGGUCUAAAACAAAGGCAUUGGAGAAAUGGGCAGGCGGAAUAGCUGAACUGAGGGUGUGUCUACCUCAUCUGCUGAGGAUCCCUAACCUUCCUUGUUCCCCUAUUUUCUCUUUCUUUCCCCCUCAAAAUAUUUAGCGGAUUACUGCCAAGUCUCUCUCUCUGGUGCUUCAUUAUUUCGGACAGUCCAUCCAAGGUAGAAUGGAUCUGAGCGAGGAUGGACUGACUGACCUGGCUGUUGGGGCGCUAGGAAGUGCAGUGCUGCUUCGGUGAGCAUGGGCAAGCGCAGUAAUGGGUGUGGAUUGUGGGUAGGCCACAAAGGGCGGGACAUAAUUGCAAUGUGUGUUCCCCAACUGCCUCGAAAUUCUGCAUCCUGAACUAGAUUUUAAAAACCUGCACAAACCUGUUGCGUGUACUCUGGCCAACUAGCCGUCAGUUUGGUGCACCCUAAUUGCCUGCCUUUUUCUGAGCAUGGCUUGGGCCUGCUGUGGCAAUUGCUACACCUUCCUGCCAGUUGUGAUGCUGCCCCCAUGUGGUGGGGAAGAAGAAGGCUCUUAAUAUAUCAGGCUGCUGGGAGUGUGGAUACGCUAGCUCAGGGGUCAGCAAACUAAGGUCUGGGGGUCGGAUGUGGCCCACCAGGCUCAUAAAUCCGGCCCGCGGACCCUGCCACCCACUCGGUCAGUCCUCUCGUGCUGUGGACGCCUUGCCGCGGAGGGACUGACUUCUGCGACGCUGGCACGGCUUCUGGGUGGGAAGUUCCUGCAGCCAAUCCGAAACCUCUUCGCCUGCGGCUGAGGUAAACCCAGCGCGGCCAUGGACAGAGAAGCAUUGUGAAGGGUGCGUCGUGGGGCUUCAGCCAGAGCUUGGCGCACCUGCUGGCCCUGCGCCUGGCGCCCGGCUCGGUGCUGCUGCUGAUGGUACGCUCGGUGGCCACGCUGGAGCAGGUGGAGGGCGAGCUGCGCACCGCCUGCCCGGUGCUCCGAGUGCGCGGCCUGCCCGCCAACCUGGCCUCAGACAAUGGACCGCAGCGCGUGGUGCAGACCUUCUGGGAGCUCUGCAGGGAUGGGCUGAUGGAGCAGCUGCAGCUCAUCAACAACGCCGUUGAAGGGGCAGAGCAGAGAAGUGCUCCUGAGCACGUGCAGAGUGUGUUCCUCCUCCAGGUCCGGAGGCAGCUGCGGGACCGGCUUGCAGGGUAUUUAUAUUUUUCAAAAUAUAGCCCGGCCGCCCACAAGGUCUGAGGGACAGUGGACCGGCCCCCUGAUGAAAAAGGUUAGCUGCGUUAGCUGGAGUCUGUAGAUGUUGAAAGACCAAGUGUGCUGAAUAUGAAGCACAGAGACCUAUGUGGAGUCUGAGUGGGGCACUUCCUGCUCCAGGAAGUUAAUGUGGGACUGGGUUCCAGAAUGGGCCUGAUCCAGGACUGCUGGCAAUUUGGACAGCUGCUGGUUUGAACAGGCCUCCCCUUUUAUCCCCUGCCUCCCAGAUCUCGGCCUGUUUUCACAAUCAACUCUUUGCUGACUUUCUCGCAUCGCUGGAUCCCCUUGGAUGACCCUAAGUGUGGAAGCGGGAAUGUUUCAGGAAUUGCCCCCCGUGGGAAAGCCAGUCUUUGCUUCACCCUAAAACUCAUCAGCACAAAAUGGACCCACGGUAAAGGCACCGUCUCAGUUCUCCUUUUGCUUAGUUAUUUUUCUCAUUCUUUUAUGAGUCCUCUCAGUGUUAUUUAUUUUUUGUGGACUUGUUUGUUCCUUUCCCCUCACUUAUUCUCUCUGCAGCUGCUCAUUAUCUUAUCAUUUUUCUUUAGAUCCCAUUCUCAUAGCCUGACUCUUGUUGCUUAUUUUCUCACUUGUUUUUCUUAUCUAUUCCCUCUUGCGUUAAAAAUUAUGUUUAAGAUCAACAAUUCUUUCUGUCUUUCAUUUUCUCAGUGAUUCACUCCUUAAAUUCAUAGUGACUCCAGAGACCCGCUUAGCGCAGGAAUGGGGAGCUCCUGGCCCUCCAGAUGUUGCUGAACUACAACUCCCGUCAGCCCUAGCAAGCAUGGCUAUGGGUCAGGAAUGAUGAGAGCUGGAGUUCAGUACAUCUUGGACAGCCAAAAUGUUUAGUUCGUUCUGCUCCUGUGAUCCAAUUUGUUUGUAUGUUUUGGAAAGAAAAUAGGUGCCCUGCAAGCUGCGAUCUCAUUUACUCUCCGGUCUGAUGCUAAGCAGUCUCCAUCACGCCUGACGCUAGAAAAUGAGGCUUCCACGUUCUCAGACACCAUCCUGGUUGGAACUGAGCCAGUCUGCGUUGGAAAGAUUCUCCAUGCUCCAGUAGGUUGAAAUAUGGCACCCUGGGUAAUUGUAGUUGUGUGUGUGUGUGGCGGUGCUAGGAAUAUGUAAUGCAGAAUUAUCUCAGCACCUCACCAGACUUCGGCUCCCAGAAUCCUUUGGUAGAAGCCAUGACAGCUACAUUGGUCUAAAAGUGAUACAGUGGUACCUCAGGUUAAGUACUUAAUUCGUUCUGGAGGUCCGUUCUUAACCUGAAACUGUUCUUAACCUGAAGCACCACUUUAGCUAAUGGGGCCUCCUGCUGCUGCCGCACCGCCGGAGCACGAUUUCUGCUCUCAUCCUGAAGCAAAGUUCUUAACCCGAGGUAUUAUUUCUGGGUUAGCGGAGUCUGUAACCUGAAGCGUAUGUAACCUGAAGCGCAUGUAACCCGAGGUACCACUGUACAGUAAAUGACCUACCUGUUGGAGAAACACUGAUUUUUGGAAGCUCACAGUAUUUUAAAACAUUACUGUGGGAAUGAUCACUUCAUUUUCAGGGAGAAAUGUAUUGGCUGGGUGGAAACUUGUGAUUUCCUUUUUUUUUUUUUUACUGUCUUCCAGCUCUGCCUGGAUGAUUCCUUCUCUCCACUUGUGCUGCGGGCAGAUGUAACGGCCGAGGGGGAACCAGAUGCCUCUGCAAGGAACCUACGCCCUGUCCUGGACCCUGGAACUAAUUUGUCCACUGAGAUCAAGGUCUUAUUUCCUGGCCAUUUCCCUUCAAGCCCAUCUCCUAGGACCUAGGCCAAGGCUCCUCCAUCAAAGGAACGGCUCAUCCCAGAGUACUUAGUACAGAGGGAUUUGUUGACUGGGCAACCCUAAAUUGUUCUAAAUAAAGGAACCUUGCUUAAUCUAAGGAGAUCUAGGCCUGGUCAGUGCCUGGGUGGUGGAACCUUGUGCAUGCCACAGGGAAAGUAUUAUAAAUGUAAUAAUAAAUACUGAAUGCACAGUGGAAAUAGAAAUCAGCAACUUUGUUGCCUUAGUUUGUUUAACAAUGAUGACCAAAAGAAAUACAGUGGUACCUUGGUUCUCAAACACCUUGGUACUCAAACAACUUGGAACCCAAACACUGCAAACCUGGAAGUAAGUGUUCCGGUUUGCGAACUUUUUUCAGGAGCCGAACUUGCUCCAUUUUGAGUUCCACACUUCCGUUUUGAGAGUUACGCUGAGUUCUGUCUGUUUUUGCUAUUUAUUUUGUGUUUUUGUUUUUGUGGCUCUUUUUUUGUUUUUGUGACUGCGUGGAACCCAGUUCAGCUACUGAUUGACUGAUUAAUUGAUUGUGUGACUGCAAUACAUUGUUUACUGCUUUCAUUUUAUGGAUCAGUGGUCUUGUUAGAUAGUAAAAUUCUUGUUAAAUUGCUGUUUUAGGGGUUGUUUUUAAAAGUCUGGAACGACUUAAUCCAUUUUGCUUUACUUUCUAUGGGAAAGCGCGCCUUGAUUUUGGAGCGCUUUGAUUUCGGAACGGACCAGCGGAACGGAUUAAGUUUGAGAACCCAAGGUACCACUGUAGAUGAAAGGAUAAGGGGAAAAACAUUCUCACAGAGUACUUGUAUGCUUCUGUAGACUUUACCGAAAUAUUUAUUUAUUAAUUAAAGCGUCUCAACCAUGCUUCAUUCAAAUAUAUCUCAGCACAAAAACACAAAAUGCAAUAAAAGCAAAACAUGACCCUGGUCUGGCCCAAGCAGUGACCCCAGCCAGGAGGUGUCUGUUGGCCACAGAGGCCUGGGGUCCCAGGGUCAAGUACUGGUAAUCCCAUUUCAAUAAUUAGUCAGGAAAGUCAGACCAAGGAGAAGCCACAUUCCAGCAGGAGCAAAGCUAAACAACCAGAGCUUGGAGUCCAGGGGGCAGGGGCAGGCCAAGCAGAGUUAUGGUUGCAAUGAGGUCAGCCAAGCAAACCAAGAGGGUAGAUCCAGAUAAGCAAACUCGUACAAGCUAGAAGAGGUUCCAGCAAUCUAAGCAGGUAGCACCAUGGAUAGCUCCAAGUAGCCUCCCGGUGGGAAACCAGACAAGACCUUGGAACACCCUCGGAUGCUCAUUUCCUUUUAUAUUUCCAGGUUCCCUUCAAGCAAGACUGCGGCCUCGAUAAAAUUUGUGUAGCUGAUCUUCGAAUCUCCUUUAACUUUUCAGGGUGAGUAGCCUAUUUUGUGCCUACGAGGGCCAUCCCAAUAUUUUUUUGCUGCCCUUAGAUGCUGUGCCUCCGGACCCCUUCCCGGUUGGUUGGAGCACAGUGCCGAUAGUGCCGAGGUUGCAGGUUCAAUCCCCGUAUGGGGCAGCUGCAUCUUCCUGCAUCGCAGGGCCAACUCUGCAAUGCUGUGAUUCCAGUGGUGCCCUGGCGAUGACCUUCACCCAGGCAGCAAUGCUUCUGAACAUCGCAGGAGGGGAGAGUAGUGCUGUUGUGCUCAGGCAGUGCUUGUGGGCUUCCCCCAGGCAUCUGGUUGGCCACUGAGAAAAGGAUGCUGGAUGUGGAGGGUGACUGGCCUGAUCCAACAGGAUCCUUCCUAUGCUCUUACUCGGAAACAGGAGCCAAGAUGUGCAACCCUGCCAUUCUCUUGGAGGUUGCAUGGGAUGUUGGGUUGUGGCUCUCGGCGAGUAUAGAGCAGUGUACGAGCCAAGAAAUAAUAAAAUAAUGAUGAUGAUGAUGAUAAUAAUAAUAAUAAUAAUAAUAAUUUAUUAUUUCUACUCCGCCCAUCUGGCUGGAUUUCCCCAGCCACUCUGGGCGGCUUCCAACAGAAUAUUAAAAUACAAUACACCAGAACAUGUGGGGGUGAACCUCUUUAAUCAUGUGCUUGCCAUUUACUUUAAUGUGCAACCUGAGUGUUUCUCCCAGAAUUGCCCAUACACCAGGGAUCCCGAGAGCCCCUCUUGGCUCACACAGAUUAUUGGCUUUCUUCAGGCACCUUGAGCUGAGGAGUGGGAGUCAGGUGAUCUGCUUCACCAGCUAGAACAUUGAUCAUUAGGUCAAAUUCUUUACCAUCGUUUUCUUACAACUCUAGUGGUGUGACUGUGCCCAUUUUACAGAGUGAGAAACAGAGGUGAAGAGACAGAGAGACUUGGGAACAUAGGAAGCUACCUUAUAUUGAGUCAGGCCAUUGGUCCAUCCAGAUAAGAAUUGUCUACACUGACAAGGCAGUGUUUCUCCAGGGUUUUGGACAGGGUUUUGUUUCAGCCCUACUUGGGGAUUGAACUUAGGAACUUCUGCAUGCAAGGCAGAUGCUUUUACCACUGAGCCAUGUUGCCCAAAGGGAACUUCCAGCUUGCCCAGCGUCUAACCAGUGAGUUCCUGGAGACUGAGCAAAUGUUUCUCUUAAUAAAUUUCAGGUCAAAUGGUCUUAAACUGAGUCCAAAUUUCAUACUGAACUUAACACUGACACUAGAAAACGUGGGAGAAGCAGCGUACAACCCACACCUUUCAUUUUACUACUCUUCUGUUUUGUCCUUCCGAGGGCAUUCCGUUCUUCAGGUGAGUUGGAUGAAUAAUUAGGGGGUGGGGGAAAGUAGAAGAUUGGGGAAGGUUGGAGGCAGAGGAUGCCAGGGAUUCUGGAAGACAACUGAAGACUUGUGGAUAAGGAGAUGAGUGUCUGAUAAUAAUAAUAAGAUAUAGGCCCAGCUACCAAUUUGUUGUUUAUAAACCCCUCCUCCAAUAUAUGAAACCAAAAAUAGUUUCUGGAGACUUAAGCCCUGAGCAUAUUAUCUGGAGAUAAAGCAGAGGUUUGGUGGCCAGCUGUCAUGUAUGAUCUAGUUGACAUUCCUGCAUUGCAGGGGCUGGGAUGAGAUAACCUUUGCGGUCCCUUCCAACUCUACAAUUCUAUGAAAGUUACAGAGACUUGUAUCUUUUCCAAGGGAGGGGAAAGGAGCUUGUGAGGGGCAAUUCUGAAGGGUGGGAGGGGAGUUGACCCAAGGAGGAAAGGCUAAGCGGUCCCCUUGGUCCCUGGUUGAAGACUGCAGCCUCCCUUGGCUGCUGUUCGUUUAAACAACCAAGACCCCUUUAAAAAAUGUGCAUGUGGCCCCAUGCAGUUCUGCCAAAGAUGGAGGUGGUGGGGAGCCUCACCUGUCUUAAGCCUUCUUGCCUGUUCAUUCUGUUUUCUGCUACUUUGUGGUAAACAACAGAAAUCUCUAUUCCUCCUUUGUAAUCGGCUUGUGAUUUUAUUUAUGAUGAUUCAUACACCCCCUCCACCCCUCAUUCAAGUCCAAUUGGCGUCUCUCCCCGGCCUGCCAAAUGCAUGGACCCCAAGGAAAUGCGUCAGUCCGUCACAGCUCCUGCCGCUUCAACCCACCAGUCCUCAAGGGAGGCACCCAGGUAAUGAGUGGAAGUGGAAGCCUGAGAAAAUCACUGUGCGAGUGAAAUGGAAUUAUUCGGCUAUGAGUGAGACAUUGAAAGAGAGAGAGAGAGAAAGUUUUAAGAAUGUGAAAAAGGUACAGGAAAGAGAACAGAGUGUUAGAUUGUUGUAUGUGAUGCAUUUAUAGGCAGGGCAGCUGGUGUUCCCCAAAAGCACAGAAUUCAGCGUUGCUCUUUCUAUUUUGGUUCUUAACCCACCCCCACCCCCCAUUUCUCGUCCAUAUGCCGGGGUGGGGGGAUCAUGACACUGGAUGGCGUGUGUGGUGACAUCUCAGAAGACAGAGGGGGCUGUCAGAUUUGAAUAGUAUGAGUAGUCUUUUGCCAUUCCCUGUGACUGGUAAAAGCCAAAUCAGUUAUGUAAAAUAAGCCAAAGGGAGCAGAUCUGCUGUACCUGUGCAAUUCAUACAGGUUGCGGAUUUGGGGUUUCCGCCAGGGCCAACUCAAUAGGGUGGUGAGGUCAGAUGUUUGCUGGCACUCCAAGACCAGCAAGGGCUCAGCUCCCCAACAGCCCCUCCAGUCUCUUCACUUUGCACAGGGAAUUGAAGAAGCUCAGGAGCAGCACUGAGAGAAUAUUUGCACACCAUGCGUCUUCCAAGUUAAAGGGAGGCCUGGAAAUCGUGGAACUGGUUACCUGGCUUAACACAACAUUUAAUUUGGGGGUGCUGGGAUGGUGGGACGCAGAGAGCACACUUUCCUGUUGAUAUCAGAUGCUUUUGACUCUGAACCAAUGGCUUCAUUGGGAUUUUGAACUGUCUCCCCCUCAUUCUAGCCAACUCUCAAGACUUAAAUGAUCCAACACUGGUUCGAUUCUACUGAGAAAUUAUCAGUUUUAAGAUGAGAAUAAAUAUAUCUAGAGGUCUGGCAUCUUCUAACCUUCUGGACCUCUGUGAUCUAUCAGCUGUGCCACCUAUAUCGAAAAUGGGCAUUCGGUCUUGCUUUUAUUUAAAAGUUUAAGAAAGAAUGAUGAGGGUGGGUAACAGAGCCGAAAUGGAAAACUGUGUGUCUACAGACUCAACCGUUUCUGCCUUUUGUUCUCUCAAGGCCAUACUCCAGAUUUCCCUCCAGUCCUCAAAAGGCGACUCCUGGAAUGACACUUUUGCUUACUUCGACAUCCGAGCCCACAGGUAGGGGAAGGCACAGCAUGUCUCUGUCUGCCUCUGCGACUUCUCCUUGCCCAUCACUAACUCUCCUUUCGCUUGUGGCCUUCCAGUGAGAACGAGAACGACACACUGAGCGACAACGAGGCCACAGGCCGGCUGCCUGUGCUGCACCGAGUCAACAUCAUUGUGAAGGGGUAAUUGAACACCCACACACCCUUGUCCCCCACGGAGAGCCAUGAGGGAGGGUCAAAAGGAGGCUGUACAUUUUGGACCUUACACAACAAACGGCCUCACAUAUCAGGAAGGAACCAUAGCAUCUCCAUUUGAACAGCAGUGGGGAACUUUAGGCCUGGGAGCCAAAUGCUUCUCUGUCUGGCCCUUGGAGGCACACUAACCUCCUUUGCACCCUGUGUGGUUUUGAUUGGCUGAAAUCUUGAACCCUGAUAAUGCCUCUUGUUUGUCUGGACGAAGGAUAGAGACGAGGGUGUGAGUGUCUGUAGAAACUAGCCAAUAUGCUAUUGAUAAAAUUUACCCCUGUUGCCCUGCCCACUUUUGUCUAAGGCCCUUCCCACUAUUGACAUGGGGCCUUUGGGAGGUUCCUCAGAAGGGAAUGUGGCCCCCAGGAUGAGUAGACCCCCCCACCCUCGAGUUAAAGGGGUGCCAUACACAUGCGUCACGAAACCUCUUGAUUCCUCUUGGGAGCAAGAAAAUUGAUCAUGUGUUCUAGCUCUCGGGGAAAAAAUUGCCAGGGGUGGGAAAUGCCACAGAGAGAGUGAAAAAUUCAGAGUUUCCUACAGCCUGAAAAGUCCCACGAUUCGUCAUGAUUUUUAGCAAAUCCAGAGUGCCUUUGCUCUAUCCCUGGCAUCUCCCUGAUAAUUUUGGGAAAAUGUUCCGUUUAAUACUGGACGUGAUCUCGAUGUCCUACAUAAACAUUUGUCUUUCCCCAGGCUGGCGUCCACGGCGUACCUCAAUUUCUCCACCAAGAUGCCGCAGAAGAAGACUCUCACGCAUGCCUUUGAGGUAAUGUGUCUUCUUCUCCCUUCUGUAGACAACCACACAGUCCAAACACCUGUCCACCCUCCUGUCGUUUCUCCCUGUGUCCCUAUUUUAGAGCAAGAAUGGGGAACCUGUGGCCUCGAGAUGUUGGUAGAUAACACUUCCCACCUUCCAUGACAGAUGGUCAUUCUGACUAGGACUGAUGGGAACUGGUGUCCAACUCUAGCCGGAGGACCACUGGUUCCCCAGUCCUGCUUUGCAGGAACAAAUCUCUUUUAGGCUCAUCUCCCAGCCACCUGGCCCUCUAAGAUCUGAGGGAGAGGCCUCAAUUUCAGUUCCUUCCAUUUACGACCUGACGGAAAAUGUUUUGGGUUUUUUUACAACAGUUUUUGACCACCUGAUUGAUAAUUUCUAUCAUCUUUCCGCUGAUCUUCCAAUGGCGGCGCCCCCCCCAAUUUCCUCUUCUGUUCUGGCAGGUUAGAAAUUUGGACUCGACUGCUACUCCAGUCAACGUGACCUUUGAACUCCCCUUCAACACUGAAGUCGGAUUCUCCUGGAAUGUAACCCCAUCCCACAGGGAUGUGGUGAGUAAAAGAGGAAGGGGGCGCUCCAGAGGGGGUGCCUUAUAAAUUCAAAGUUGUGUGAGGUGGGAUUUUUGGACAAUUGGGGGUGGGUGGGAAAGGGGAUAAUGGAAUGAGAGUUGAAUAGAUUUGGAGGGGAGGGUGCUUUGGAGAUACAUCUUGUUUGUAGUAUAUAUAAUUAUUACUAUUAUUAUUUAAAUGUUUAUAAUCUGCACUUACAUAAGCUAUGUGAGAAUGGCCUUCAGCAUAUAAAACAGAAGAAAAGUCAGUCCAUAUAUAUCCGCAAAACCUAAUUAACAUCAGUAAUACUGGCUGGUUAAAAAGAGAUGCCCACUUUAUGAAGGCCUGUCUAAAUAGUACAGUUUUUGGAAGACGUCUAAAAGAGGGCAGCGACAGUUCCUGACGAAGUGGUGGGGAGUUCCACAGGGCACUAGAGUUCCACACUAAAGGCUCAGCUCCUAAGAAAGGCUGUCUGGACCUCAGGGGGAUGAGGAACCACCAGAGAAUGAAGUGCCCCCUCAGGUGGUCUCCGUGAUCAAGGUGGAGUAUGAGGGAUCAGGCAGUUCUUAAAGUACUUUGGGCCCAAGUUAAAUCAGGGCUUUGUGGAUUAACACAAGAAAUGUGGAGCUGGCAAAUCAGCAACAAGCGCAAAGUCUCUCAACAGUGGAAUAACAUGUUGCCAAUAAUUGCCCCUGUGAGGUAUUUGGCCUCUGCGUUCUGCACACCUUCUGGACCAGAUACAAGGGCAGCCCCACAGAAAGCAAGUUACAGUGAUCAAAUAAAAACCAGCAGUGAACUCAGACAAAAUGCUACAGUCCACAUACAAGUGGUAUCAGCAUCUUGGGUGACCUGCAAGCACUUCUGCAAACAACGGCAGCAACAAAACCUCAAGUGGGGACCGGAAACCCCCAGAGGCAGCCCAGGGAGAGCUGGACCAGCUCAGCGGAUGUGAAAUGAUGACCUACCGUUGAGUGAGAGUUGGGGGGCAGAAUAUCCUGGGAGAGGGCACGGCUGGCUGGCUGGAAUACAGGAGUACAACCUUUACCCUUAAAGAGUAUUGCCUGUUUUCUUCCAGAUAAACCCGUCCUCAUGUCCGAUAAUGCCCUUGCCCAGAACAAGUCCCAAGACUGAAGACCUCAAAGGACCCAUCACAGUAAGAACCUGGUGGAAAAUGCAGGGUUGGCCGGUGGUUCAUAGAAGGGUGUCUCUCUUGCCCAGGACAGACACACAGCUGCCUCUGAAGUGGAAAGGACAUUUAGUAACCCCAAGGUUCUCUGUAUUUCUUGUUUUGACAGAGAGGGUGCCUGGGGGCCACUGUCUGCUCCAAGUUUCAGUGCCUGAUCGCCAAUCUCUCACGGGGAGAGUGGGUCAAGUUCAAAUUUUCAUGGAAUUUUAGCAUAGACGACAUCGCUAGCAAGGUGAGUGGUGCUCCCUUCAAACAGUAAGGAAUAUGGUUGGACGGGAAGUUUCCAUUGGAAGCUUGGAAAAAUAGGACUUUUUUAUUUUAAAGAUUACUUUUCCUAGAUCAACCUCCACACCUGACCAUUUAUUUAUCAUUUGUAUUUCUUUUAAAACAUUUAUAUACUGUUGUAUAGUUGUAUAUCAGACAGAUUGAAAGCGCUGCACAAAACAGUAAAACAAUAAAUUAAAUCGGACACUCUGAAGCAGCACCUCGCUUUUAGAACCUCCCUGCUGUUGAUAUUUGGCAAAUGUCCUCCUUUUAUUGCUGUUCUUUUAAUUGAUUGCAACAAGUUUACCCAGACAUAUAAUUCAGUUGCCUAUAUCGGUUUAAAAAGUUUAAUUGGUUUUGUGUUUUAAUGCUAAUUAUUGUAUGUAUUGUAUGUAUGGGACGCGGGUGGCGCUGUGGGUAAAACCUCAGCGCCUAGGACUUGCCGAUCGCAUGGUCGGCGGUUCGAAUCCCCGCGGUGGGGUGAGCUCCCGUCUUUCGGUCCCAGCUCCUGCCCACCUAGCAGUUUGAAAGCACCACUAAGUGCAAGUAGAUAAAUAGGCACCGCUUUAUAGCGGGAAGGUAAACGGCGUGUCCGUGUGCUGCGCUGGUGCCGGCUCGCCAGAGCAGCUUCGUCACGCUGGCCAUGUGACCCGGAAGUGUCUCCGGACAGCGCCGGCUCCCGGCCUCUUAAGUGAGAUGAGCGCACAACCCUAGAGUCGGACACGACUGGCCCGUACGGGCAGGGGUCCCUUUACCUUUACCUAUUGUAUGUAUAUUAGGUUGUUGUUGUUUUUUUGAAAAAUUGCUUUAUGGGUUAUAGCUGUGUUUCUAGGCAUUGUUUUAUAUGUAUCCCGCUUAGAGAGUUCUUUGAGUAAGCAGUGUGUACAUUUUUAGAAAUAAAACAAAACAAUAAUAUACAAUCCAUCAUAAUAUUAAAGUUCUAAUAAUACAGUAAUCACAAUCAUGGACAAUACACAGACCAAUAUUAGCAGCCUGUGUAAAGUGCUAAGUUUUUGGAAUCUUAAAGAAUGCAUAAACAUUCUUGUGGGGUGGAAAAUAAUGAAAGAGCCCUCAUUUGUAUUUAGCUGGCUUUGGGUGUCUCCCUGUAGCAGGUAGAGAAGCUUUGGCCCUCCAGAUGUUGCUGAAGUCUUGGCCAGGUUUGCUAAGGCUGAUGGGAGCUGGAGUUCAGCAACAUCUGGAGGGCCUGAAGAGUCCUCACUCUUGUCCUACAGAGUUGUGCCAGGGAGAGGGGAGACGUGGAGGACCAAAUGUUAUUGAUCUGUUUAAUUUGCUUUUUGAUCCUACAGCUGACGGCCCAGAAGCUCCAUCUUCGGAGCCAAGCCUCUGCGGUGGUUGAUGAGACCAGGUUUUUUCAGCCAGAAGAGUUUCAGUUCAGUCAGGUAAACUUGCAGGGCGUGGUUAUGUCAUGGACGCUGGACGCGCUGUGUGUGCCUCACCGUGCAAAUAGUGGAGCUGGUUACUGAGCACAGAAUUCAGUUGCAUUGAAUCAUAGAAAUGUAGACUCAAAAGAACUGGUGUUUGAAGGGAUCUCCAAGGUCAUAUCUAGUCCAAUCCCUUGCAAUGCAGGAAUCAGAGCCAAAUAAUCCCCAACAAAUGGCCACCCAACUUUUAAAAACCUCUAAUGAAGAAAAAUGCACCACCUUGUGGGCCUCAAAAACCUGUUUUCAGUGCCCUGGAAUGUAUGAAGUAACAUUAGGGGUGCCUCUGAGGAUGUGCAGAGUUCUUACUCGGCACAAUCAGCCUUCCCAAAGGCCACACAAUAAGGUAUUGCUUUCCCUGAUAUGCUUUGCUGUCAUUUAAACACCUGAACAUAUUAGCAAAUUUCUUUUGGGGCGGGGAAUCAAGUCUGGCCCAGAGGAUUUGAGGGGCACUGCUUAUCGUUAUGGGCAAGAACUCUGAGUGCCUUUCCUCUCCUUUGCAGAUUAGCACUGAAGUUGAGCUGAUUUCGCCAUUCAAUCCCAUCCCCAUCAUCGUUGGCAGCACCAUCGGAGGAAUCCUGCUCUUAGCCAUCAUUGUGGCAGUCCUGUUUAAGGUAGGCAUCUCUCACUUUUGCCAUCAGACAGACCUCAGAAGAGAUAUGGGAUGCCCUGACAAGACUUAAACCAGUUUUCCUCCCUCUCUCUUCCCCCUUUCCAGAUUGGAUUCUUCAAACGCAAUCGAGUGUCCCUAGCAGAUGAAAUUGCGUCAGAACCAGCUGGGCCCAGUGAACAAACUCCUCAAGCAACCAACUAGCUUACAAGGGAAGGAGGAAUCAUGUGGAUCUGGGAGGCAGGACCUAAGGAUUCCCUGGGGGAGAGGAAUGGGAUUUGAGAGGAGUUGUCUGCGGUCCAGGUAGAAUGCUAAACUUAAGAAAUGUUUUGAAGGAAAAGCAAGAAGUCUGCCUGGGUACACCCUAGCAAUUUUGGCUGCUUCCAGACAGAUGGCUCCUAGCACUAAUAAAUCGUUGCUGUUCUGCUGUAAUCUACAAGAGGAGUUGCGAACUGUUUUCUACUUUAAUUGAGUUGUUUCAAGUCGCCCAAGUCGCCAUUUAAAAACAAGAAUUCUGAGUGUUCCUUAAAAACAACACAAAUAAAAAUGACUUAUUUAUUUAUAUAGCACUAAAGUUUGUUUAUAGGCGUGAUUGCUCAUUGCUACUCACGUGAAUUGUCAGAAAUUAAAAGGUCGUGUUCCUCAUUAGCCAUGCUUUGGAGUAGACCCGUUGAAGUUAAUUAAUAUGACUAACUUGGGUCCAUUGAUCUCAGCGGGUUUACUCUGUGUGAACCUUAGUUGGACGUGUUUAAUGUUUGUGUUGGAUCAGAAGCGUUUGAUAAGAGAAAACAAUGUUGCUAAAACACUAGUGAGUGGAAAGUUUAGGGUUUUUGGGGGGCGGGGAUAUCAGCAUAGUGCUAGAGCACUUGUUAAUUUAAGCAGUACUUAAAUUAGGGGGGAAAGAUGGGAGACAGCUUUGGGAAAACCCUUAUUACAAUAUGCAGAUUCCCAGUGGAAUGUGUUCGACAGAAUGGGUUAGGUGCAAGUAUCUGGAAAUAUUUUGUUCUCUCUGUACCAAGACAUGUUGCUUCUGCCGUUUUGAAACAGAGGAAGUUGAGGCACAGUGAGCUCAGCAGAAUGUCCCCAUAAAUUAAAAGGAAUAUGAUUCAGUCUUGUGUUGACAUCUUCCUGUAAUUUUCACCCUGUGCACCAAACAGCUGCCGUUUUCAUAGAAUUUCAGAGGAACCUGCUUUUCCUUCCGGCCUACCAAAUUUCAAAAUAGUUUAAUUAAUGUAUAAUUUUCUAAGGACUCCUGAGCUUAAGAGAGCCAGCAGUGGCUUAAGUGUUGGACUAAGACCAAGGAGACUCGGCUUCUGUUUGGCCACAAACCUUACUCUGCUUCUAGCUAGCCAACUUUGCACGGUUGUUGUGAGGCUAAAGGGUAGGCAGGCCACGUAUGCAACUUUUGGCUUCCUUGGAUAGGGUAAAAAUAAUUUUGAAAAUUAAUGUAUUGUUAG